AUGGAUAUCAAGAUGAAAGUGUACUCUGAUACGAAUCGCGGAUAUUCACCGCCAAAUUCAGAGAAUACUAGUUUGUCUUUAGGCUUGGAAUCCACAUACGGUGGCAAUGACUACUUUGAGGCCUUCAACAUCGGAUCAGACCAAGAGAUGUACCAGGUAUCAGGACUUUCAGAACUUUUGUAUGAGCCCAAUACCUGGCCACCAACAGAAGGUGACCGUGUCCCUGAGGGCAUGAAACGAUUCCGAGUCAAUCUCGAACGAUGGUACGAAAAAGCAGCGUAUCUUUCGCGCAUAUUGAUACGAGUGUUUGAAGAUGCUCUCGAAGUUCCCGAGGGUACACUAUCACAACAUACAAAACACUCCAUGGAUGUAUUGCGCAUUAUCAAUUACGCUUUGCCGCCUGGCACACCAGCCAUCCGGGAGGAUGAAAUGGGCAUGGGUGAGCACACAGAUUAUGGCUUUUUGACUGUGCUAUGGGCAGACCGUGUUCCUGGCUUACAAAUACUAGGGCGUGACGGUAUUUGGCAUGAUCUCGUACCAGAAGAAGGCGCGCUGCUGGUCAACCUAGCAGAUAUGAUGGCUCGCAUAACCAAUGAACAAUGGUUGUCGACUUUGCAUCGUGUCAAGCCGCCAGUCGUAGAUGGGUUGAUUCAACGUCGCCGCUCGGUUGCAUUCUUCCACGAUGGUGAUGAAGAUGCUAUCAUCAGCACCUUACCCAAGAUGAUUGAUGAGGAACACCCACCCCUUUACAAACCGGUCCGUCUUGGUGACCAUCAAUUGGCGAAGCUGCGUGGUUCAAAGAGCCAUGUGAUCAACAAACAAAAUACUGAAAGAGAAGCAGCACGCGUGCUUGCGUCAAAAAGAACAUAA